AUGGUCAUUGCCACUGGUUUACCUGGCGCGUUAGCUGGACAAAUAGAUGGGGAAAUCGCCUCAGUCAAUCAGCAACUUGAAUCGCGGCUCACCAUCCUUGCGGAAAACGAAUCAUCCAAACACAACCUUAGUGUGAACUAUUAUACUAACCCCGGGAACAACAACAGUAAUAAUGGAGAAAGAGAACUCAAAUUGGGGCUAUUAGAUAAAAUAUGGGUGAUAAAGAAUUUGAUCAAAGAAGUGGAGUUUUCUUAUGAGCAGCCAUUUGCGUUCCAGUUCCAAUCGAUCAAUUAUAAUGUCAAUAAAUUGGAUGAAAAGCUCGGAAGCUUGAAAAACUACAUCAAUGAUGUUUCGUACCACCAAGAAGUUUCCAAAGCCAGGACUGCUCCGCAAUUGACCCCGAGGAAUCAAAUAUUAUACCCUAAUGGCGUCGAGAACACCGUGCUGCUACCUGGUGGGUUCAGCGAUUUUUCUCCAGAGAAGUUGCAGAAUGUUUCAUUAACUGACCAAGAAUUGAUCUCUACCGAUACCACCAAAGACUAUUCUAAGAACAUCAUUAUAAUAAGGUUAUUUGAAAAUAAAAUAAACGGGUUCAAAACGGUAUAUUUUCAAAAAUUGCUUGAAUUAAUGGAUAAAUUUUGCCAAUGCCAUGGCGCAGAGGACGACAGUACCGUGCUAGUACAAGUCUCCCAUAAGUUAGUGAAUACUUAUGACGAUCUAAUAGAGGAAAGUGUUACUAUAGAAGAGUUUUGUGAAUUCCUUGAUGAGAAUUAUCACACACUAGCCAUGAAGAAUCCGUCCUUUAAGAACGAUUUUGAUUUGAAAAUUCACCGCUUUUCAACCCUUGUGGGAGAAAAUGUUGGAUCCAAACUUCUAAGCGUCAAUCAACACCAAAAAAAAUUAGAGCUCGUCAAAGAUGACAACUCUUUCAAGUUGGUUAGCACUAACGAUGCAUCAGUGAAAAAAACGUUCAACGCCUUUAUUACCAAUAUGCUGCAGUUACUCGAAUUCUUUAUUCUAUUACCACCAUUUCUCCGCAGGAGUUUGCUAAAACCAGGUAAAGUUGAUGCAAAUUCUCUAUUUGCUAAGAAUGAAUUAUCAGGGUUCAUUAAUUUCAAUUUGCUUUUGUUGAUCAGCGGUUACAAUCAGUGUUGCAUCGACCAAAGUAAUAAAAGAUUACUCGUAACGAUUAAACAGGAUAUCAUCACCCUAAUCAAGUUGAUAUACCUACUUAUAAAAUUGAAAAUUUUGAAUAAAAAUGACUUUUAUUUUUUAAACUUGGACCUGAAUGAAUUGAACGAGAAAUCUACCAACGAGUUAUUCAUCGCAUACUUAAAUAAUUUGCCUACCAUUGAACUCAAUGAUUAUAAUAAAAAUUUAUGGCUGGGAAAUAUUAAUAAAUUGAUUGACUUUCAUCUUGAUAAAAAAUUGAACCGAAUUAUCAACGAAAUCAAAAGUUACUUGACCACUUUUGAUACUUUUGAUUUGAUUUUCCAUGAAUUGAUUGAUAGAUCAGAAAUUGAUUUCAGAGAAGUUAAGAGUGUUGAGACUCCAAAAUUACCACCGCCUCCGGCUCCUGAACCCGAAGUUAUUUCUAAACCAUCAUCACCAAUCAAGAAAUCACCAAGAGCUCACCAACGCACAUUUUCAGGAGCCACCAAUAUUAUGGACUCAAUCAAUGAAAAUGAGCAGUCUAUUGAUUCUUUACUCGGUUCCAAAAUUCAAGAAAAGACCACAGAAGAUUCCAAAAGAAAAAAUAAUCGGAGAACCAGUGUUUUUGCGUUGAAUGCCGGGCGAGGUUCCUCAAAUGCGUUAUUUUCUCAAUUCCAAUCGCCAACGAUUUCCGAAGAUGAACUGCCAUUGGAAUUGAAAAUACCGCAAGAUCGAUCAUUCAAUCAAGAUGCCUUAGAUUCAUUGAUUGGUAAAACCUCAACACCAAACCUUGGUCCACCUACACAACCAAUCAUUAUCACCCAAACUGUUAACGGUGAUCGUGAUCCAUCACACAAGUCGCUCCAGGGGCCUCCUUCAGGAAUUACUUCCCCAAUGUCUCCAGUUACUCCGUUAUCACCAUUUGAUUUUUCAUCUAAUUCCCAGAGAUUUUCUAACAUUGAUAAGAAACGGCCGGAUGAUGAUCGGAAAAGAUUUUCCAAAAGAUUCUCUUCUUAUCAGCAACAUCAACAGCAAGGUAGUGGUACUGAUGAAGACUCGGGCUCAAUUCAUAGUGAAGGAACUGCGGAUACCAGUAAUGCGCCCUCUGGCACCUCAUUGGGGAGAAGAGCUUCAAAGAGAAUUUCGAAAAGAUUAUCCAAGAGAUUCUCGACGUUUAGCGCAGAGAAGCCAAAGGAUAAAGCAGGAAGUUUUGAUGAUAGUGAGGACUUUGAUUUGGACGAGGAUGCCUGGGGAGGGGACGAUGAUUUGGAUUUGGACUUGGAUUUGGAAAUGAAUGAUGUUAACACGACAGCCCACGGGAUUGGGCUCAUGAAAAAGGAUGAAAAAACUGUGUCCAAAAAGAGAAGUUCGAAAUCGAUCGUAUCUUUCAAUUCCAUUGAUGAAGAGUUAGAUGAUUGGGGAUGGGGAGAUGAUGAAGAAGAAGAAGAUCUUAAUCUUAACGAGAGCGAUAUUCUUGGUGGGCAAGACCAGAAACAAGGUCAUAAUGAGGCAGAUAAGGAAACCGAAGACGCUGUUGCGGAUUUCACAGUGAGUUCGUUCAAAAGCACCAAGAUCCCGGAUGAAAUUUUUGGAAUCAUUAUGAAUUUUGUCGAAUAUUUGACGGAAUUAUCCAAUAAGGUGAAUGAAACUCAGGAAAUUAGUGACUUUUCGAUCACCAAUGAAGAAAUCAUGAAUAAGAUCAACCAAUUGAUGGAUAUUUUCUAUUUGAUUGGUGGGUAUCUGAAAUACGAUUCGAAGUUCUUAUUUUAUAAUGAUGUUUAUUAUUUGAAUAUUUUAUUGAAGCAAAAGCUUAUUAACUUGAAGAUUCUAUUUAAUCCCUACACUAGAGAAGAAUUAACAAAGCUUUCUGAACCAAUCAACCCACAAGUUGCCUUCAAAGGGCCGGUAUUAUUUGAUGAAAAAAUUGAAAAUUAUUUGACCAACAUUAUUAAUCUUGAGAAAAUUUCGUUCUUGAGAAUUUACCGGAAAUUCCAAAACUUCACCAACUUGUCAUCACCAGCCAAUGGUAGUAAUAGCUCAAACAUGAUCUUGACUCAGUUAGAAUUCAAAUUCAAAGAAAUUUUCUUCGCUGGUGGGUUUCAACAACUUUCGAUUAACUUGAAGCAAUUGAUCGUGGUGAAUUUCCUCAACGAAUUUUAUCAAUUGAUCAUCAAUGAUAUUUUACAAAUCAGUUUGAUUUCCGAACACGAUAGUGAAGAGCUUUGCAAGAUCAUUUCUCACAUGCUACGAUUUGUCAGUUUUUUUGGCAAUCUUCACGCUGCCGAUGAUGAUACUGUGGAAGAUUAUGCUCAAAUUAAUGAAAAGGAUUUCGCAAAGGAGACCAGCGAAGACGUGAUUUUCUAUAAGAAGAACAUCAGCAAUUUCUCCAAGUUGGCGAAUUUCAAGAUCGUGGUAUCUUCACAUCUUGCCCUGAUCAUGGAAAAUUUCUAUAAUGGGGAGUUCUACAAUAUGGAAACCGAAGAAUUGAUUCACUUGAUUAAAUCAUUGUUUGUGGAAAGUGAUAUCAGAAGAAACGCGAUCAAGGAGAUUGAAGAAAUAAGAAAUAUUUCGAUUUGA